GUCCGCCUGCAGGUCCGCCGCCCCGACGCGCCCAAGAACAUGAGCGGCACCGUCGCCCACAUCCUCCGCAAUCACGGCGUUACGGGCCUCUACAACGGUCUCUCGGCGUCGCUCCUCCGGCAGAUGACCUACUCCACCGUCCGCUUCGGCGCCUACGAGGAGAUGAAGAUCCGCGCGACCCGCGCCAACAACGGCAAGGCCCCGGCCUUCCCCGUCCUCGUCGCCAUGGCCUCGGCCGCCGGUUUCGUCGGCGGUAUCUCGGGCAACGCCGCCGACGUCCUCAACGUGCGCAUGCAGCAAGACGCCGCCCUCCCUGCCGCUGAGCGCCGCAACUACAGCCACGCACUCGAGGGCAUGCUGCGCAUGGCCCGCGAGGAGGGCCUCAUGAGUUGGUUCCGCGGCGUCCUGCCCAACAGCAUGCGCGCCGCCGCCAUGACGGCCUCCCAGCUCGCCUCGUACGACACCUUCAAGGGCAUGCUCAUCCGCCACACCCCCAUGGGCGACAACCUCACCACCCACUUCACCGCUUCCUUCCUCGCCGGCGUCAUGGCUGCCACCGUCACGAGCCCCAUCGACGUCAUCAAGACCCGCGUCAUGUCCGCGAGCACCCAGGAGGGGCUGGCGCACACCCUGGCCAAGAUCUACAAGGCCGAGGGCUUUGGCUGGAUGUUCAAGGGCUGGGUGCCCAGCUUCCUCCGCCUUGGACCCCAAACCAUCUGUACAUUUGUCUUUUUAGAAAUGCACCGCAAGGUCUAUAGAAAGGUCGCCGAUAUCGGCGGCAGCGGCGAGGAGGCGUCCAUCAAGGGGUAGAGAAGCAGAAAAAGCAGACUCGUGUUGGGCCUGUUUGCUAUACACAAUAAGUGUUUCCAUAGACUGGCGCUGCAUUAGCAUCAUCAGCGUGAGCAUCGUCUUGGGCAUGUUUGGGAGGCGUUGGAUUAGAGACAAUCUGUUGCAUUUGAUAGGAGUCAAGGAGGGUUCAUACACCCGGAGAAGAGAUAAAAAGAUUUUGUUUUGUUUC